UUGAAUCAUUUAAAUCUAAAACUCAGGUGAAGCAAAGACUAUCACCAUAACUUAAUCGAUGCUUAAAGGAACCUACUGUAAUAUCAAAAUUGUAUACUAACAUGUCUUCUCUACGACUGGAUAACCGCCAUGACAUGGCUGCAAACGACCAUGCCAGACAUCACAUUAAGAGACAACAACAGUGGAUACGAAGUGACCAAGUGAAAAAUUGGAGCAGAUCUCUGUUAAAUCGAUUGAAGAAACAAACUUAUCCAAAAAGUACGUCGUCCAGACCAAAGUCGGAUGUAAUCAGUGGAAAUUCCGACGAGUCUUUGCAUACAUCAUCAUCGUCUUCAGAGCAACAAAAUGUACUUGACUAUGAAUAUGAUGAAGAGAAAAAAGGAGCUAUUGAAAAAUGUAUGAAAUGGAUGAAUGACUUGCCUAUAAAGUUUUCAGGACUUCAUAUAUUAGAUCCAGCAACAUCUUGAACUCGGUACAUUUCUCAUGAGGAAAUGAGCGGCAAUUUUAACAAAAUGAAAUGCGAUUGUAUUUUGAAGUGCAAUUUUGAAAUAUACUCGAGACUUCCGAAGAUUUUUUAAGUGGAACUAGACUGUUUCUAGUUUCAUGAACAGUGUUCAUAAGACGGUUGUUGCUUUACAAAAUGAUUGGGCUAUGCAAUGUUGAGUGCUACGCAGUUUUUAGAACAGCAUAUUUUGCAGACGCAACAGACAGUUCCUACCAAGAAACUGUGAAAGAACUUAUACGACACUCAUAUAGACAUUAAUAAGUAUAGAAGAAAGAAUACGGAACAUUCCUCCUUUGGAGAAUAUUAGUGCUAAUAUUUCAGUGUGCCAAAUAUUUUUCGUUGUGUCGAUGUUUCUGUAUAUCUUGUGUUUUUUGGACUUGUCAACCAGAAUCAUAGAACCUGAUUGCAACUUUAGAAUCACAAACAAACAAAACGAAUUCUACCUUUCCUGAUUUGCAAUACAGUUGACUUUAAACAAAUUACCAUGUAGUGACAAUAUGGAUAUAUGCUUUUUUGUUCGAACGGUCUUUCAAACAUUGUGAAUUUGUGAUUUCAAUGGAUUCCUAUUUCAUUCUGGUAUGUUAUAUUUUUCGUUCAACGACUAUCGUAGUUUUUAGAAACAAAUUGAAGAAAUCAUCCCACUUUUUAUACAACUUGUUUUAUUUUUGAAGUAAAAAAAAAAGUGGAAUGUAUCCACAACUUCUUCGGAUAUGAAAAAAGGAUUUUUUUGAUAAAAAAAACAGCCAAAAAAAAGCUAGUGCUAUUCUAUUUGUAAACGUCAUAACAGUGUGUUACCUGUUUUUUCCCUUCUUUUGUUUAUAUAUCAUAUUAUAUAUAUAUAUAUAUUUAUGGAUUUUUAUUAUUUUGUUAUCCUUUUUUUAUGUGAUCAAUAACUGUGAUAUUUUUGUAUUUAUAUUUUCACACAACUUUUUGUUGAUGUACAUUAACCAAAUUUACAUGUGAUUUCCUAUUUCCGUUUAUUUGAUAAGAUCUUAUUUAUAAGUAUAUCUGUGAUAAAAAGGAUUUUUAAUUCUUAUAAUUGAAUAGUGUGAGUUAGUCAUAUAAAUAGUGUAAUGCUCUAUUUAAUCAUUUUAAAUAUUGUAUGCAUAAGCAACUGUAUAAUAUUGGAAGAGUGACAUU